GCUGUGACUUACAGACAUUCCACGGCAAGAGCAUAGGCGCUUUCACAUCUGUUGUCCGUCCGCGGAGCUGUGCUGGCCUUCCGCUGAGAGUGCUGACUCGAAUUGAGCCUACUUUGAGGACAUGUGGUCAUACAAUUCCACACAAACAAGAAGGCGUGACUGCUCAUAUCCACCGAACUUGAGUUCCAUUACACAAAUUAAUUUACAUCAGAAGGUUGCUGGUUCAAAGGCUAGCCAUUUCAUAGAGAAAAGAUUAUGUAAGCUAUCCAUAUCACAAACACGAGCGACGCAUCAAGACAACAUGAAACAGCAAUCACUCUUAUAUCUAUCGAUCCCAGACGUUUACUUGGUCAGCACUCCAUCCCCCAAUGACGUUCCGUCUCGGGCAAACGCUUCGUGGAGCUAGGUGGAAUUACCUUCUUGUCGAUGAUCUCGGCCACAAAACCACAACUUCGAAUGUUUUCAAAGCAGAGAUUCUACCGCGGGCUCAAUCGCAGCUUCCGGGGAAAUGGCUGGUCUAUCAUAUGGGACGCCUGUAUAACUACCGCUAAUUUCAUCUCUAGGGCUUUUGUCAAAACAAGUUCCCAGAAAGAAACCCUGGAUCUGCUGAAGCAUGAGCACGGUUGCUAUAUGAAUCCCGCUAUUCGCUCGUCUCAAAAUAUCCGCGCUAUGUAUGAUGCCAUUGACGUUCAUGGUAGCUUUGCGAGUAAGCGCCCAUAUUGCCUGGCUUUCGAGUGGAUGGACUGUACUCUGAAGGAUGUCUGCUCUAUAUCUCACAGGCUAGAUUCCGUGUUGCACCAAAGCAUAGCCAGAGCUAUUUUAGGGGCACUUGACACUUUGAAGUCGCAACGACUCGUUCAUACAGACAUCAAGAAUGAUAAUAUCCUUAUCUCUGGCCUUGACGGAUCAUCUCCUGUAGUGAAGCUUGGAGACUUAGGACUAGUGCGCUCGGAGGGUUUCAAUGAGUACCCUGUUCAGCCCUUCGCAAUGCGCGCUCCUGAAGUCUGGUCAGGGAUAGGUUGCUUUCCUUGCUCUGAUGUGUGGGCUUUCGCUGUUGCACUUUUCGACUGGAUCUCCCCUUGCACCUUCGGUAUCAAUGACAUGCCCGAUGGUCACUGGCCGCAGCCGUGGGCAAUGGCAAAGCUUUUACGAAUAUUCCCUGGCUCCGUUACGAUUCACGCCACUGACCCGAACUACCAAGGGUACUUCAGGAUUGCCAAGCUGAUCGAAAAAUCUGGAUAUGGUGACAGCACAGACUCGAAGUGUUUUGAAACACUUUCAUUUGGGGAGGAGCUCAAGAAGCUGGAUAUACCGCCGGCGCUCGCGAAUUUCUUUCGCUACCUGCUCCAAGUCGAUUCUAAACAAAGACCUACCGCAAUAGACGCGCUGAAAUCGCAGCAAUUUCAUUAUCUCGGCGGAAAGAACUGAUAUUUGGGAUAUCAUUUCACGUUGGAAAGCAUUUCUCGAUGUGUAAAGUAGGAAAAUUCUGCACCCACUCUCAUGUACGCGAUGUUCUAGUUGUAUGAGCGCGUACUGCCUUACAGCACGCUACACAUGCAUUUGCUGUCCAGCUUCCGGG